CAACAGAGCCUCCCCCCAAGAUGGGUUCAUCUCUGGUUCCGAGGAAGCCUUGCUCAGUCCGUGCUGCAGUCAUCAUCCUGACGCUGGUCUUGCUCGCCUCUGUUCUGCUGCAGGCCAUUCUCUAUCCCUGGUUUAUGAGCACACUGUCAGAUGUAAAGACCAAUGCCCAGUUGCUGGAAGGCCGUGUGGACAACAUCAGCACCUUGAGUUCUGAAAUUAAGAGGAACAGAGGCAGCAUGGAAGCAGCUGGCAUUCAGGUCCAGAUGGUGAAUGCUAGCCUGGAUCAUGUGCAUUCUCAGAUCCAGAAGUUGGAAACUGGUAUGAAGGAAGCCGAUGCACAUAUCCAGAUGUUAACAAGAAGUUGGGAGGAAGUCUAUAAUUUAAAUGCUCAAAUCCCAGAGUUAAAGAUAGAUUUGGAUAAAGCCAGUGCUUUAAAUGCAAAGGUCCGUGGACUCCAGAACAGUUUGGAGAAUAUCAACAAGUUGCUCAAACAGCAAAGUGACAUUCUACAGGCAGUUUCUCAAGGCUGGAAGUAUUUUAGGGGGAACUUCUAUUACUUUUCCCGUGUCUCAAAGACCUGGUAUAGCGCCCAGCAGUUCUGCAUGUCCAGGAAUUCACACCUGACCUCCGUGACCUCAGAGAGCGAACAGGAGUUUCUGUACCGGACAGCAGGUGGACUCUUCUACUGGAUCGGCCUGACCAAAGGGAGUGAGGGGGUCUGGCACUGGGUAGAUGACACUCCAUUCAACAAGGUCCAGAGUGUGAAGUUCUGGGCUCCUGGUGAGCCCAACAAUACUGGGAACAAUGAACACUGUGUCCAUAUAACAAUGUCCUCACUUCAAUCAUGGAAUGAUAUUUCCUGUGACAAGCAGUACCUUUUCAUCUGCAAACGUCCCUAUGUCCCAUCAGAACUAUGAUAGGACUGGCUUCCAACCUGACACUUGGAGCUCCAGUGUGUGUCAAAGUCAAGGAAGUGCCACUUUGUCCUCCCUACUCCAAGGUGACUUUGCACCUUAAUUUUCCUUGCUUCAAAAUUGUUCCAAAGGCAUCUGGCAUCUGUCUGCCUUGGAAAGUUCUGCAGUCUCACAGAGGCAGCUGGAAUGGAAAGAAGGAGGCAACUGGAAUGGAAAGAAGAUCUUGGGUUAAAAUGGGGAAGGGAUGGUGGAGAGGAUCAAACCACCUCAUUAAGGUGUAUCAGGACCCAUAAUUUGGGGCAAUAGCCUGGGGUUUUGCCAAGAUCUGGGUGCUGUUGCUACUGGGGUGUUUUGCUUCUUCUUGGAUGAGCUAGGUAAUGUAUGCCUGCAUACCUAAUUGUUUUUUGGAAAGACCAUAUGGCAGCAGCACUUCAGGUAGAUAAGCCUAGAGGCAAAGAGAACCGUUAGAAGAAUAAUUGAGUACCUUCACAGAAGCCUCAGUUUCAUCACAAGAAAGUUGCUUCAGACACUCAAGCCAUUCUCCUGGUACUGGUACUCAGUACUUUUGCAGCGGAUCCCCCAAAUUCCUAGUCACCUGCUUAGGUGGUCAUUAUCUCUGGGAAGAGUUCUGCUCUUGGGGAUCCUGUCCAUGCCAAGUGCCCAUCAUCCACAUCCUCUGAGGUCUGCAUCCCUUCUUCCCCGGGACAGGCUCAGCUUGUUCAGAUCAAGGGCUGGCCUGGAAACAUGUUUCCUUUAGAGCUGGAUCAGCACCCACUCGGGCCCAGCCCCUCUGCCUCACCACCCUGCACCUCCUCUUUCUUCUGCAUUUCCUCCCUUCCCACACCCCGUGCAGAGGAAGUGGCCCUCAGUACCUGCAAGUUCACCUCCAAGCUUCAUUAGAAUAAAAUGCUGCCUGGGUAAAGUUCUCCUCUGUGUGCACGUUUUAUUCCUGGGUGUGGAGAUGAAUGUGCAGGAAAGGGCAUCUGCUUUGCCAGACGUGAAGUUCUGGGGUAUCCUCAGGGGAAUUCCAGCUCCAGAAAUGCCACGGAAUAAGAGCAGUGCUUGCCCCUGGUUUUACCAAAAUAAAGGAGAGUGAGGUCUGAAGUGUCAUGUCUUUUUCAGCGCUCUUUCCUCUCAGAGGUUCACUGGACCAUAUUCUGUUCUCUGGCUUUACUCCCAAGGUGGAGACACCUCAGGUUUCCCACUCUUCCCAGAGACCCUGUUCAUAGAGGCCCUGUGCAAAUCCAAGUCCAGUGGCUGAGGCAGGAAGCCAGGCUGCACCAGAUGGGAGGGGAGCAGAGUGAAAGCAGAGGGGUGGUUCAGUAGAGUGGCCCACUCCUCUUCAGGGGCCUGCA